AGAGUGUGGGAAUGGGAAAUGAUGGAGGAUAAAGGGCCUCGUGUAGCCGACUACUUUGUGGUUGCUGGCCUCACCGACUCAUCCAAGCCUCUGGAGGAGGAUCUUCACUUUGAUGACGCCGGUCCCAAAUCUGUCAAACCCAAAGCCCCCAUCACCGAUGUCGCUGUGGUGAUCCGUUCUCUUGGUGAAGAGGUUCCGCCGGGCUUUACCUGUGUGGAAAGCACCCCCUCAGGGCUCUCUGCAGAGCUCAAUGGAGCUAGCCUCAGGGGCCCACAGAUCUUCUUGUGCUUCAAGAGAGGCAGAGAUAAGCCUCCACUGACAGAUCUUGGGGUUCUGUUUGAGUGGAAAGAGAAGCUGAAACCAGGAUGCCACAUUGUUCAGACCACUCCCUCUGGUCGCCCUGCCAACAUCAGCAGCUCGUCCUCCCAGCGUAUCUACAUCACCUACCGCCGGGCUCCGAAGAGCCAGCCGCACACUUCGCUGGCCGUCACUGAUGUAUGCGUCAUCGUUCCUGGCAAGGGGGAAACACCCCCUCACACCUUCUGCAAGGUGGACAAAAAUCUCAACAGCAGUAUGUGGGGAUCUUCAGUUUAUCUUUGUUAUAAGAAGUCUCUGGCAAAAGCUAAUGCGAUCGCAUACAAAGCAGGUCUAUUGUGUAGGUACCCUGAAGAGGACUACGAGUCCUUCCCACUGCCUGAGUCAGUGCCUAUGUUCUGCCUGCCAAUGGGAGCAAUGGUUGAGUGCUGGCCAGCACACACCAAACACUCUUUGCCCAUUUUUUCAACAUUUGUGCUCACAGGAGCCUCUGGGGGAAAGGUGUAUGGAGCAGCCAUCCAGUUCUAUGAGCCGUACCCUGAGGAGAACCUGUCCGAGCGCCAGCGCUCACAGCUCGGGCUGCCCAGCUCUGGCCUGGGACCUGAUGGGACCAAAAAUGUUUACGGCAACAAGAGCAUCUGCCUACUCUCCCACUGGCCUUUUUUUCAGUCCUUCAGGAGCUUUCUCACCUUCCUCUACAGAUAUUCUAUCUCUGGACCACAUGCGCUACCGAUUGAAAAGCACAUCUCUCACUUCAUGCAAAAUGUUCCGUUUCCCUCUAUUCAGAGACCACGCAUUCUUGUACAGCUUUCUCCACAUGACAGCCUGAUAUUGAGCCAACCUGUGUCCUCACCGCUGCCUCUCAGCGGUGGGAGUCUAUCCACAUUAUUGCUGAAUCUGGGUCCAAAAAAUGCAGCCACUCUGCUUGUCUUGGCUGUCACGGAGCACAAGAUUCUGAUUCAUUCUUUACGUCCAGCUGUGCUCACCAGUGUUACAGAGGCCCUUGUGUCUAUGAUCUUUCCCUUUCACUGGCCAUGCCCCUACAUCCCCCUGUGCCCGCUGGCUCUGGCUGAUGUGCUCAGUGCACCGUGUCCUUUCAUUGUGGGUCUUGACUCCAGAUACUUUGACCUUUAUGUGCCUCCAGCUGAUAUCAGCUGUGUGGAUCUAGACACCAACACCAUUUCUCAAAAAGAUGACAAGAAGGCCUUGACAUGGAAAAUCUUGCCCAGGAGAGCCUGCAAACAUCUUCUGAAUACUCUGAAUAAGCUCUAUCAGCAGCUCACGGAGGGUGGUCAGUUAAACCAUGAUGAUAUUCAGAUGGACCACACAGUGACUGACAGUGAACUUUAUGGUGGAAAAAGCCUCCAUACGCUAGAGUUAGAGAUCCAGGAGGCCUUCCUCCGCUUCAUGGCAGCCAUCCUCCGAGGCUAUCGCUCCUACCUGCAGCCCAUCACCCAAGCUCCAUCUGAGAAGACCACUGAUGUCAACUCACUUUUUGACCUCCAAGGCUUUGUGAAGAGCAGAGACCGCUCCCACCAGAGAUUUUACACUCUAAUGACCAAGACUCAGAUGUUCAGUCGUUUCAUAGAGGAGUGCUCCUUUGUCAGUGACAAAGAUGCCAGCUUGGCUUUCUUUGAUGAAUGUGUUGAUAAGAUGGAUUCAGAACGGCCAGAGGACACCAGACUGAUUGAUUUGGAUGAGUCCCAUCACAGUGAGCACACGGUCUAUAUCAACCCUCCAGAACUGCCUCCUCUACCUCAGGGAGAAGAGCAUCCUCUGUGCUAUAGCUACUCUGGGUUCCCUGUGUUAAGUCCAACGCUUCUGGAGCCACUGGAGGGACCAAAUCUUUCAUCAACAAGCACUGCCUCACGCCACAGCAGCCCAGCCAGCCCCACAGCCAUAUUUAGGCGCUCUAAACAGGAGAUCAAAUCUGCUCAGAAGAUGGCCAGAACACAUUCAUCUAUGCCUCAGAUGUGGUCCAAGUGUCUGCUGCGCCACUGCUAUGGCCUGUGGUUCAUCUGUUUGCCAGGGUUUGUUGGCAACUGCCACUCUAAAGUGCGAGCUCUGCGAACAGCGUACGAUGUACUAAGAAGGAUGCAAGACAAGAAGCUGCAGGCUCCAGAUGAGGUGUGUUACCGUGUGCUGCUGCAGCUGUGUGGCCAGUACAGCCAGCCAGUCCUGGCUGUUAGGGUGUUGUUUGAGAUGAAGAAAGCUGGUGUUCAGCCCAAUGCUAUUACCUAUGGGUACUACAACAAGGCGGUGUUGGAGAGCACUUGGCCAUCCACUACCAGAGGAGGCUACUUUCUUUGGGGAAAGCUGAGGAAUGUAAUUCGUGGUGUAUUUCAGUUCAAACAAGCCGGGAAGAAACAACCAAUUCCACACAGAGAUUCUCAGCUUUCAGACGGCAGUGAUCUUGAUACAGUCAGCCAUGGCAGUUUGGACAGUGCCAAUGACUCUGCUGAGCGUACCUCCAUCGACACAGAUUUUACUAAAAUGGACUCCAGCGAUGAUGGUUUUAGUACAGGUGGACAAUCUGACCAAGGCUACGAUUCAUUGUCCAAAGAUGAGGAACGGUUGUGCAGCAGAGAAACUGAUACCACAGUUCUGGUGGAAGACAAAGGACUGUCCACACCGGAGACUGAUGUUCCAACAAGCAGCACUUCACCUUCCACUAAGAGUUGCAAAUCAGUGGAUUCAGGAAAUAGCAAGAAACUGGUUUCCAGUCCAUGUAGAGACAUGACUCUGGGGGAUGUUUUGCCAAAGGCGCAGAGGCCCAAAUCUCUCGACUUGUCAGUGAGACUCACUGUUCCUCACCUCAGCUCAGCCAAGCUGAACCGUCUUCCUGCUGAUAGACAGCAUGGAUUAGAGGGAAAGGACACAGAAAAUGACGAACAAAAACCUGUGGUGGAGAGAAGUGGCAGCUGCAAUGCUCAGACAGUGAAGAGGACAGGUAUCGAGAUGGGGUUUGAUCCCCUAUCGCAGAUGGCAACGGAACAAGAAUGUGUGCAGGACAACGGCAGCACACCCACCUCCUGUCGCAACCUUGCUGAGCAGAUUGAGACGUACAUGAACGACGGCAGCAGCCCCCUGGGCAGCCGCCCAUUUCUUCGCUCCACCUCGUCUGCUCACACCUCCCCGCAAUCCUCCACCAUGGUUCGCUCCAGCACACACCUCUCACUGCCCGUUCGAUCGAAGGAGAGGCUGAGACCGUCGCCGUCCCUUCCUUUGGGUGUGUGUAGCAAAGACAGGGAGAGACCUUCUUCCUUGGUGUCACCAUCAUCUCCAACUCCCUCUAAUUCCUCAUUCUCUAUGGACUCACUGCUGACACCAACUCUUGACAUCUUCAAGAGCAGUGUCAUAUCAGCAGGGAAAGGUGUGGCUGAGAGGGCAAGCCGCCUCUACUCUCGUUUGUCCUCCCAGACUUCAUUAACACAGGAUGCAAAUUGUGACCGUAUGAGUGUUUCCUCACUGACGUCGGCAGAGGCAGAAUGUUCCUCGCUGCUCGAUAAUGAGUCCUGUCUGGACCCCGAUGGCUUCACUUCCCCACAGCAUGGCAGUGUGUCCCGGCUCAGGAGGAGCCCUGUUGGGGCUAACCAUACUAACCUGGGCAGCCCCAGCAGCCCCAACAGAGUGUUCAGACACAACUCUUUCUCUGGUGGUUUGGCACUUUCCUCUAAAGCUCCUCACACUCCGGAUUCCUCCCCUGACACGAGCCGCUUCCAACCCUCUCCUAAUUACACUUUGGAGGUGCUGAUGUCCAGCUGUUCACUUUGUAAAACAUGUGACUGUCUGGUGUACGAUGAGGAGAUAAUGGCUGGCUGGACAGCAGAUGACUCAAACCUCAACAGCACCUGUCCCUUCUGUGGAACGGCAUUCUUACCUUUCCUCAACAUAGAAAUCAAAGAUCUCCGACCCCAAAACAGGUCCUCUGUGAGAAGUAAUCCUGUUAAAGAGGAGGAUACGUCGCCACUGCUCAGUCCUGAGGCCGAGAUGUCUGCAGAUGACUGUGUAGCUCAGUCGUGUGCAGCUCCCCCACAGAGGCAGGAAAGUAGUGGGAGUGUUGGCAUGACUGCAGCAGCCUCGACUGCAGCAUCCACCCCUGAUCAGGUUACAGUGCCCUAUCUCAGCCCUCUUGUUCUCUGGAAAGAACUGGAGAGCCUGCUGGUGAACGAGGGCGACCAGGCCCUCUCCUGCCCCAGUGUUGUUGACCAACACCCCAUUGUCUUCUGGAACCUUGUGUGGUACUUCAAAAGGUUGGAGCUGCCCAGUAACCUGCCAGCUCUUAUCCCAGCCUCGCAGCAUUGCAACAAAGGAGACCAGACAUCUCAGAUCACUUCAUCUGAGGACAGUAAGCAGGUGCUCGUGAGGAUUAUGUGGGACAACUUGAGGUUGCACCAAGACAAAGUCCAACCCUGUUAUGUCCUCUGGAACACACACUGUGCCAACUCCUUGAUCCGCUCGGGGCUGUGUGAAGAGGGCCAGGUCUUCACUGUGGAGCUGCUGCAGGGCUUUGUGAGGAGCAUUAAGAAAAGUGAUGUCUACCAGCCCAUGAGCCAGAUCAUCCAGCUGCUGGGGCCUGAGCUGGGUUUCACAAGACAGAGGAGUCUCUACAGAGAUUUGUUGUUCCUUACGCUGGUGGCUUUGGGGAAGAGCAAUAUUAAUAUCAAUGCUUUUGACCGAGAGUACAGGUUGGCCUAUGAUCGCCUCAGCCCCAACCUGGUCAAGCUGACACACAAUUGUGAUAGACCCCCUGGAGCAGGGGUCAUGGAGUGUAGGAGGACAUUUGGAGAGCCCAGUUUGUGA